CUGCACUCUGCUGUGGCAAUGCAGGAUUGAUGGCAGCUGAAAAUGGCCACCCCGAAGCAGGCCCCUCAGGAGAGGAUUUCCCAGUUUGAUUAUGCUUGGCUCUCCGAGGUGUCUCCUCUUAUGGGCCUGGAUGCCAUUAGUUUUGCAAAGAACCUAGAAGAGGAGGAGCAGAGCUACCGCGUGACAAUGCAGAAGGGGUAUAACGCACAAAUGCGCAGCGAGGCCAGACGGUUAAAGACUUUCGAGACCCACCCACAGGAUGGCUCGUGGACACCACAGGAGAUGGCAGCAGCUGGGUUUUACUUCACUGGGGUGAAAACCGGGAUUCAGUGCUUCUGUUGCAGCUUAAUCCUCUUUGGUACCAGCCUCCGGAGAGUCCCCAUAGAAGACCACAAGACCUUCCAUCAAGACUGUGAGUUCCUUCUGAGCAGAGAUGUCGGUAACAUUGGCAAGUACGAAGUACGAGUGAAGAGUCCAGAGAAGAAGCUGAGAAGGGACAAGGCGAGGUACAAAGAAGAGGAGGCUAGACUUGAAUCCUUCAAGAACUGGCCGUUUUAUGCCCAAGCGACAUCCCCACGUGCACUUUCUGCCGCCGGCUUUGUCUUUACAGGUGAAAGGGACACUGUGCAGUGUUUUUCUUGCAGUGGAUGUUUAGGAAAUUGGGAAGAAGGAGAUGAUCCUUGGAAGGAACAUGCCAAGUGGUUCCCCAAAUGUGAAUUUCUUCAAAGAAAGAAAUCUUCCGAGGAAAUCGCCCAGUAUAUUCAAAGCUACAAGGGAUUUGUUGAUGUAACGGGAGAACAUUUCAUGAAUUCCUGGGUCAAGAGAGAAUUACCUAUGGCAUCAGCUUACUGCAAUGACAGCGUCUUUGCUAAUGAAGAACUGCGGCUGGACUCCUUUAAGAACUGGCCCCAGGAAUCAUCUGCAGGAGUUGCAGCUCUAGCCAAAGCAGGUCUUUUCUACACAGGGAUAAAAGACAUUGUCCAGUGUUUUUCUUGUGGAGGAUGUUUGGAGAACUGGAAGGAAGGUGAUGACCCAUUAGAGGAUCACACCAAAUAUUUUCCCAAUUGUCAAUUUAUCCAAAAUAUGAAGUCCUCUGCAGAAGUGAUUCCAGGCCUUCAGAACCAUGUUGAACUUUGUGAAUUAAUGGAAAGCACAAGUGAAAGCAAUCUUGAAGAUUCAGCUGCGGAUAGUUCUAUAUUGCCAGAGAUGGCACAGGGUGAACCCCAGUGGUUUCAAGAGGCAAAGAGUCUGAAUGAGCACCUGAGAGCAGCCUACCUCAAUGCCAGUUUCCGCCGCCUGUCUUUGCUUGAGAUCUCUUCUGGUCUAGCCACGGACCACUUGCUGGGCUGUGAUCUGUCCAUUGUUUCAAAGGACAUCAGCAAUCUUGUACAAGAGCCCCUGGUGUUGCCCGAGGUCUUCACCAAGCUGAACUCUGUCAUGUGUGUGGAAGGCGAAGCUGGUAGUGGAAAGACGAUCUUCCUUAAGAAAAUAGCUUUCCUAUGGGCAUCAGGAUGCUGCCCCUUCUUAAACAGGUUCCAGCUGGUCUUCUACCUUUCCCUCAGUGCUACCAGACCGGGCCAGGGGCUGGCUGACAUCAUUUCUGACCAACUCCUAGAGAAAGAAGGAUCUGUCACUGAAAUGUGCCUGAGGAACAUCAUCCAGCAGUUAAGAAAUCAGGUGUUAUUCCUGCUCGAUGACUACAAAGAAAUGGGCUCAGUCCCUCAAGACGUAGAAAGACUGAUUCAAAAAAACCACUCCUCACGGACUUGCUUGUUGAUUGCCGUCCGUACAAACCGGGCCAGGGACAUCCGCCGAUACCUAGAUACAAUUCUAGAGAUCAAAGCCUUUCCCUUCUAUAAUACUAUCUGUAUAUUACGGAAGCUCUUUUCACAUAACAUGGCCCGUUUGCUAAAGUUUCGGAUUUAUUUUGGAAGGCAAAAAAAUUUGCAGGAGAGUCAUAAAACUCCCCUUUUUGUGGCAGCAGUCUGUGCUAAUUGGUUUCAGUAUCCUUUUGAUCCGUCUUUUGAUGAUGUGGCUGUUUUCAAGUCCUAUAUGGAAUGCCUUUUCUUAAGGCACAAAACUACCAUUGAACUUCUCCAAGCAACCGUAUCCUCCUGUGGCGAGCUGGCCUUGAAAGGGUUUUUUUCAUCUUGUUUUGAGUUUAGUGAUGACGACCUCGAAGAAGCAGGGGUUGAUGAAGAUGGCGAUCUCACCAUGUGCCUGAUGAGCAAAUUUACAGCCCAGAGACUGAGACCAGUCUACCAGUUUUUAAGUCCUCCAUUCCAAGAAUUUCUUGCUGCAAGGAGGCUGAUUGAACUCCUGGAUUCAGACAGACAGGCAGAUCAAGACUUGGGCCUUUAUUAUUUGAAACAAAUCAACUCAUCCAUGAUGGCUCUAAAGCCCUACAACAACUUUUUGAACUAUAUCUCCAAUUGCCCUUUAACGAAGGCAGGACCAAAAAUCGUAUCUCAUUUACUUCAUUUGGUGGAUGAUAAAGAGUCAUUGGAGAAUGUAUCUGAAAAUGAUGACUACCUGAAGCACCGUCCAGAAAUUUCCCAGGAAAUGGUAUUCAUUAGGAGAUUUUGGCAAAUGGCUCCACAAGCUUACUUUUCACUGGUUUCAAAUCAUUUACUGGGCCUUGCCCUAAAAAUUGCUUAUCAAAGCAACACUGUCGCUGCAUGUUCAUCACUUAUUUUGCAAUUCCUUCAAGGGAGAACCCUGAGUUUGGAUGUACUUAAAUUACAGUACUUUUUUGAUUACCCAGAAAGCCUGCCAUUGAUGAGAAGCAUUCAGGUUUCCAUAAGAGGAAAUAAACAUCCACGUCGAGCAGAUUUUUCAGUCCUGGAAACGUGUUUAGACAAGUCACAGGCACCAACUAUAGAUCAGGACUAUACUGCUGCCUUUCAACCUAUGAAGGAGUGGGAGCAGAAUUUAGCUGAAGAUGAGGAUAUGGUGGAGAGUUAUAUGGCUAUCCGGCACACAGCACCCCCAGACAUCAGUACUGGCUACUGGAAACUUUCUCCAAAGCAGUACAAAAUUCCCCUUCUGGAAGUCCAUGUGACUAAUGCUGAUGCUAUAGACCAGGAGAUGCUCAAGGUGCUAAUGACGGUUUUCCCAGCCUCACAGCACAUCGAGCUCCAUUUAACUCACAGCAGCGGCAUUAUCGAAAGCAUCCGCCCAGCUCUUGAGCUGCACAAGGCGUCUGUCACCAAAUGCUCCAUAGACAAAUGCGAACUCAGUGUGGCAGAACAGGAACUGCUACUCACGCUGCCUUCCCUGGAAUCUCUGGAACUUACAGGGACAAUCCAGGCACAAGUCAGAUUGAUUCAGAAUUCUCCCAACCUUCAUGUUUUCCAUCUGAAAUGUAAUUUCUUUUCGGAUUUUGAGUCUCUCAUGACUGUGCUUUCUUCUUGCAAGAAACUCAAAGAAGUGAAGUUUUCUGGAUCAUUUUUUCAAAGCAUCCCAUUUGUUGCCAUUCUGCCAAAUUUUAUCUCUCUGAAAAUAUUAAAUGUUGGAAACCAACAAUUUCCUGACAAGGAAACAUCUGAAAAAUUUGCCUACACUUUAGGUUCUCUCAAGAACCUGGAAGAACUGAUCCUUCCUACUGGGGAUGGGAUUCAUCAAGUGGCCAAACUGAUCGUCCAGCAGUGUCGGCAGCUUCAGCGUCUUCGGGUCCUCUCGUUUUUCCAGACUUUGGAUGAUGACAGUGUGAUGGAGAUUGCCAAGGUAGCAGUUGAUGGAGGCUUCCAGAAGCUUGAGAACUUAAAUCUUUCAAUCAAUCACAAGAUCACAGAGGAAGGAUACAGAAAUUUCUUUCAAGCACUGGACAACCUGCCAAACUUGCAAGAGUUGAGCAUCACCAGGAAUUACACUCACUGUAUCAAAGCUCAGGCCACCACAGUCAAGUCUUUGAGUCAGUGUGUGUUGCGACUGCCAAGCCUCACCACACUUCACAUGCUAAGUUGGCUCCUGGAUGCAGAGGAUAUCGCAUUGCUUAAUGUCAUGAAAGAAAGGCAUCCUCAAUCUAAACAUUUAAACAUUUUCUGGAAAUGGAUCCUGCCGUUCUCGCCAAUCAUCCAGAAAUAGAAGAUUAAGCUAAAAAUUGCUAUAUCAAAAAAAUUUUGUAUCCAGCUGG